GCAAAAAUAAGCGCGCCUUUUCUAUAUAAUUCGCUGUUUUGUUCAAUCACUGACGAGAAUCUCACAUAAAGGACAUGGAUUCAAACGGCUGUUCAUUAACAUGCACCGUCACGUUGGAAUGGCUAAAUUCUCAAGGAUCUAUUUUAAGGAAGGUAACUCACAGAACCGCAUUACUACGCUUGACUCGUAACAAUCAACGCGAGAUGCUCGUCGAAGUACAGGCAGAAAAGACGAAUACAUCUACGAAAUUACUCCUGAAAAGUAUAUCUGUUUUUAAUAAAUUUAUGACCGAGGGAAAAGCAUCUAUAAAAUUCAAGGAACAAAAUUGCACGUUGUUCUUGUCGAAUGCACCUUCCUCUCAACUGAUAAGCUUUUUGAAAACUAUAUUCAUCAAAAUAACGGAUCAAGAAGGAAAGACGAAUCCUACGAAGGAGAAGCUCUUUGCAAAUGUACAACUUAAUGGUGCUAAAGAUAUUAGUCCAGCUACUAGCGCAGAAAUUAAUAGAGCAAAGGAGAAAGCUAUGACUAUAUCACGUACAACAGUCACUACUCCUUCACCGAGUAGUGUCAGGAAACGGAAAUAUUCUAGCGAUGAUACUUCUAAAGUGCCAGCAGCAAAAAAGUUACAUUAUAAUCCUAACGCUGGAGAAUUGACUGAAGAACAAAUAAAAAUUUUGAAUGCAGUACUUAGUGGGAAGAAUGUGUUUUUUACUGGAAGUGCAGGCACUGGCAAGUCAUUUCUUUUGAAGAAGAUAAUUUCGGCUCUUCCUCCGGAUGUAACAAUGGCUACAGCAAGUACUGGAGUAGCAGCCUGUCAUAUAGGUGGAAUUACGUUACAUCAAUUUGCUGGUAUUGGUUUGGGUACUGGUACCGAGGAAAGAUGUUUUCAGUUAGCUUCUCGUCCGUCCGUGGUUUCAAUGUGGAGAAAGACCAAGCAUUUAGUUAUAGAUGAAAUUUCUAUGGUAGAUUGUGCGUUUUUUGACAAAAUUGAGGCAGUGGCAAGACAUGUACGCAAAACAGAAAGACCUUUCGGAGGAAUACAGUUAAUUUUGUGCGGUGACUUUUUUCAAUUACCUCCUGUAUCUAAAAUCAAUGAUAAAGCAAAAUUCUGUUUUCAAAGUGAAGCUUGGCCACGAUGUAUUCACUUUAAUUUCGAAUUACGAACAGUUCAUAGACAAAAAGAUGAGGCAUUUGUAAAAGUGUUAAAUAAUAUUAGGAUAGGUAGAGUUACAGAUGAUAUUGUUAACAUUUUGAAAGAAACAGCGAAACAACAUAUUGAAAGUAAUGGGGUAUUAGCAACUAGAUUGUGUACACAUGUCAAGGAAGCUGAUGAAAUUAAUGAAUUCCAAUUGAAUGAACUUAAAGGUGAAACUAAAAUAUAUACAGCAUUAGAUUCUGAUAGUUCUAUGACAUAUAUGUUGGAUCAACAGUUGCCUAUACCUGGCAAAUUGAUAUUAAAAAUUGGCGCUCAAGUUAUGCUACUAAAAAAUAUAAAUAUUAAUAGCGGAUUGGUAAAUGGAGCUCGAGGUGUUAUUAUCGAUUUUAAAAAUGAUAUACCAAUAAUUCAAUUGCGUACUGGAGCUCAUUAUGAGGCAAAAAUGGAAAAAUGGACUAUUAAAAGCAGCUCUGGUGCUCUUAUACACAGGAAACAAAUUCCAUUAAAAUUAGCAUGGGCCUUUUCAAUUCACAAAAGUCAAGGUUUAACUUUAGACUGUGUUGAAAUGUGCCUAUCGAGAGUAUUUGAUGCAGGCCAAUCUUACGUAGCAUUAUCAAGAGCUCAGAGUUUACAAAGUUUACGUGUUUUAGAUUUUAAUAGCCAACAGGUAUGGGCUAAUACAACUGUACUUGAAUUUUAUAAAAAGUUCAGGAGAAAUUUGCAAGAAAUAGAGGUAAUUCCUUUAGGUAAAAAAAAUAAUAAAAUUAGAAACAAAUAAAAGAUAAUAUAUAUAUUUUUUCUCUCUUUCACUAAACAUGUACAAUUCAUGUGUGGAAGUAACUUUCAACAUACAUAUGCGCAUAAGAAUAUAUUAAGAAAAAUUAUUACAAUCUUAUUAAAAAAAGUAAAAGUUUAUUUUAUUGUACGAUUUAUAUGGCGUAUCGUUUCGAGUUUUUGUUUUUUACAAAUAUUGGUACUCAUAUUAAGUGGACAACGAUGUUAAUAAUCAUCGACGGUUAUUUCGAUAGGUGGUAUAUAUCGCCAUAUAUGUCCGGCAUUUGCAAGUUCUGAAUAAAGUAUUGGAGAGGUUGGAGCAGACUCUUUA